CCAUUUAACAGUGACACCGGCUGGAUACAUGUGAGCAUGUCAGUGACUGUGUUAUCUUGAAUACGGAGCGAUGCAGCGACUGUACGUUGGUGGGUUGAGCCACACGAUCACCCAGAAGGAUCUAAAGGAUCGAUUUGGAAAGUUUGGAGAUGUGGAAGAUGUGGAGCUGCGGACCAGGAAGGACGAUGAAGGUGUUCCUUACAAAACAUUCGGCUACAUUAACAUCAACAUUUCAGAUGCAGACCUGAAGAAAUGCAUGACGGUGCUGAACAAAUCAAAAUGGAAAGGAGGAACUCUGCAGAUCGAAACAGCCAAGGAGAGUUUCCUGCACAGACUCGCUGAGGAGCGGCAGGCGACGGCAGAACAACGCCGCCAGCCGCCUGCAGCUGAGGACAAGAGGCAGAAGAUGCUGGACUCUCUGAGCAAAGCUGGUGUAGAAAACUUUACCAUGAAGUCUGCGGUGCCGGGGACCGAAAUACCAGGACACGAGGACUGGGUGGUCAGUAAAUUCGGACGAGUCCUUCCCGUCCUACAGCUCAGUUGUCGGAAAGGCAGCAAAGCUCGAACCCUGAAAUACGACCCGUCCAAAUACAGCCACAACAUCCGCAGGAUAAACCCGCCCGCCGAGGACGAGCCCACACCCGUCACCCAGCUCACCUGGGAGGUACCGGGAGGAGAUGAUGACAUCAGCAAGAAGAGGCGGGGUGAGUUUCCUCCAUAUCAGCCACCGAGACCCAAGAAGAGUCGGACAGACGUGGCCAACUCGCACAACGCUGUGGACAGAAUCAGACCUGAGAAGACUGAAUCUGUCAACAACACUGCAGCUCAUCGGGUCACCAACGGAUUCAACCUACCGACCAAUCCCAGACUGGCUCAGAGGAGAGGGGCAUACGUAUAUGACAGUGAUGAUUCAGAAGAGGAAAUCCGCAGGUUGGUGGUGUGUCAGCAGACCCCCCAUGUUACACUGUCACAGCAAGCGGACGAGGAUAAACUGGAAGUGGUUGGAUAUGACUUCUUGGUGAAGUCCAGACUCUCCCGUCAGCAGGAGAAAGGUGAUAAAGACGAGGAUGACUACGACUCCGCCGACACAGAUGAAUUAUUCGCUUCCAGGAAACCUCCAGCGCAGGAGAAACCGACUCUUCUCAAAGCAGAAGACUCCUCAGGAAACAGCACAAACGGGAAGAAAGUCAUGAAGAAGAGGAAGAAUAAAGCUGGUGAGGAAGAGGAGGAAAAGUAUGAUUCAUCAGAUGCUGAAGAACAUCUCCCCUCCAGAAAACCCUCCUCCGUUCAGCAGAGAGAGGAUUCUGGGAAACAAGGCAGCAGCCAAAGUAAGAAGGUGGCCGUCCUCCCUGUCGUAAAACCCCCUUCCUCAGAAUCAGAUGAUGAUGAUGAGGAUGAGGAGGAGGAGGAGGAGGAGAAUGAUGAAGAAGAGUCAGAUAGUGAUGAUGAAGAAGAGGAGGAGGAGGAGGAUUCGACUGAUUCAGAUUCAGAUUUGGAUUAUGAUGCCAUGUUUUCUAACGUGACCCGUCUGGAGAUCUCCUUCGCUGACCUAAAGAAGCUCGCUGAAGCUUGCCAGGAAACCUCCGACAUUACCGCUCCCAGCAUCCUCGGCGCCUCCUCCGACCAAGAAACCAACCUCAAGUCCGACUCCGCUGAACAGCGCGCUCCCAAGAAAGGCACCACGCCCGAAGAUAUCCUCGCUGCCAUUAUGGAGGAGGACAGCAGCGAAGACGAGGGGAAGAAGAAAAAGAAGAAAAGAAAAGUCGUCACGGCAACGCAGCUGCCUGCUUUCCAGGGGACGAAAGCGCUGAGUCAGGGAUCAGAGACAGAUAAGUGUCAGAAGAGACAGAAGGAGGAAGAGGAGGGAGGUGUGGUUAAAAAACAGAAGCUGGACACUGAAACUCCUCAAAUAAAUCACAAAGCAACAGAGAGAGAAACCAGCAGGAGACUGAGCGGACAGAAACACACAGAAACAGAGAAGGAGAUGUCAGAGAGCAGUGAGGAAGAUGAGGAGGAAGAGGAGGAGGAGGAAGAAGAAGAGGAGAAAAAGGAGGAGCUGGUGAAAAGCACAGGUGCUCCAAAAGUUUUAAAAACAGUUCAAACUAAAGUUCCACUAAACACUGACAAAGCUGAAAGUGGUUCCUCAUCUAGUAAUGAUGAAGAGGAGGAAGAGGAGGAGAGGAUAAAAGCCAAUCCGAGUGUUGUUAUAUCUAAAGCUGCAGCAAAGGCCUCACCUUCAUCCUCCAGCUCCUCCAGUGAGGAAGACGAGGACGAGCAAGAGACUCUUUCUGCUAAAAAUGCUGUGAAAGCAGCACCUCCCCCUGCUCCUCACAGCGAGUCCUCUACCAGCGAGGAGGAGGAGGACGACGAAGAAGAAGAGGAGAAGGCAACGCAGGCUCCUCCCAAGGUGGUGUUAGGAGCUAAGGAGGAACAGAAGCUGCAGAGGGAGGCCAACAAGAGGAGGCUGGCUGCCGUCCAGCAGAGACAGAAAGAAGCUGAAGAACACAAGAAGCUCAUCCAGGGAGCUUUAGCCAACCUGGACACUCCAACGACAGGAGCAGGGAAACACAUCGUCUUUGGCUCAGAUGACGACGAUGAUGAUGAUGAUGAAGAUGAGCAGCAGACAAGCUCAGAGGUCACAACAUCAAAGAAGACGCUGUUCCAGGACAGCCAAUCAGAGGACGAGGCCACGGGCGAUGAGGCAGCAGCCAAUAAGAAAGGCCCAACAAAAGAAAAAGUACGUCUGAAACAGUCAGGCCCUCAGCUGUUCGGCGGCAGUGAGGAUGAGGAGGAUGCUGAUGAAGAGGAGGAUGACAGCAGGUUUGACAUCAGGCCUCAGUUUGAAGGCCUUGCAGGACAGAAGCUGAUGGAGCUGCAGUCUCGCUUCGGGACUGACGAGCGUUUCCGGAUGGAUUCUCGAUUCCUGGAGGAGGUUGAGGACAAAGAGGAGGAGUCAGAGAGGAAGACAAAUGUGACGGAGGAGGAAGAGGCUCUGGAGGAGGAGAGGAAGAAGAACCUGUCCAUCCUGCAGAGCGUCCUCGGCAGCAGCCAACAAACCUGCAGCAUCAAGACGCCCGUCAAAGCCAAGACCUUCAGAGACGUCUCAGCGCUGCAUUACGACCCCAGCAGAGAGGAACACGCUGCGUUUGAGACCAAAACAGACGAAACCAAGAAGGAGAGCAAGUCGGCCAGGAGGAAGAAGAGGGAAGAGGCUCAGAAACUUCCAGAUGUUUCUAAGGAGAUUUACUACGACGUGUCCGGAGACCUGAAGGCUUUGUUUGGUCAGACGAAGGAAGAUGUCGCUGGAGGAGAAGAGAAGACAAGUUGGGACCAAGAAGAGGAGGAGGAGGAGGAAGAGGAGGAAGUGGACGAAGAAGAGAAGGAUGAAGAGCAGAUCCCUAUGUCAUCUCUCCUCUCAGCAGAUACCAGCACCAAGGGAGAGGAGGCGUCUGGAUUUAAAUUCUCUUUCUUUGGAGAUGAAGCCGAGACAGAAAGUACACAGACAGCAGUGGAGUACAAGGUGGAGAGCAUCCAGACUCCGAAGGUGUUGUGGCAGCAAGACCCUCGUUUACAAGACAGCAGCUCAGAGGAGGAAGAAGAGGAGGAAGAUGAGGAGCAGGAGGAGAAAACCAGCACUGUCACUAAGACCACAGGAGAGGAGACUCCUCUGAAGAAAGAGCUCUUCUUCUUCUACCCUGAAGACAGCAGAUUGACAGAGGGUCCGAGGUUGUUCUGUCGUCCCACUCAGCUGGAGGAUCAGAGGGAGCAGUGGGAGGAAAGGAGGACCGCGCUCAGACAGGAAUACCGCAAGAAACACAAGGACGCCCGGAGGAAGCUGAACUCUUCCCACAGGAGCUGAGGAUUAUGGGAAGUGAAGUCUCUGUGUAUGAGUUUGGACUCACUGCUCUGGACUUCAGAAUUAGGAUCUGACAGAUUAUUUCCUUCCUCUUGUUGUCAUUUUCUGCCCUGGACUGAUUUUAACAGUCUGAAGGAGGGAAGAAGGAAGCCAGACUUUGGAUGAAAGUUUAAGAUCAUCAGAAUAUCAGGUUUAUUUUUUUAUUUUUAAUUAAUACCGAGAAGAUAUUUUGCUGUCACAGCUUCCUAUUGAAACAGCCGCUUCUGAUUUUCUCGUUAGUUGCCAAGGAAACAUUGCUGCAACUGUGAACUUCUGGACAAUCAGCAACAGCAGCAACCAGUCACAGCUACAGAGGACCAAACCUGUUAAUAAAUAAAUUAAUGAAUGACUGAACAAAAUAAUCAAAUGAGCAGAGAAAUAAAUAAUGGCAUGAAAAC